AUGCUUGCGCAAGGCAUCCGGCCAUCUGACAACAAUCAGCUCAAAUUUCAGUUCGGUCAAGCUCUCGAUGGCCAUGUGUGUGGUUCACCUCAGCUGGUGUCACGUCAUCAACAUGCAGCCAGCUCACUUCUCGAUGUGAUCUCUGACAGACAACCAAAAACCGUCGCUUCUGCUGACGAAACCAGCACUACCUUCCUUGACCUGCCUAGAGAGGCACACGAAGCCCUUCAAUGCAUCAUUGAUCGUGAAGAUCGUUUAUGGCAAUCGCUAUGUGAAUUCCAUUUCACACCUGCCCAAAUCGAUCAACGAAAGACGCCAGCGAAGACAUGGCGGCAGACGUUCUUCGAGCUGAAGAAGUACAAUGGUAUACGUGAGGUGUAUGCAGAUCUCAUCAACAUUUGUUGUCAUUGUAAGGCGUUAUUUUGGAAGACAUUGGGACAUCCAUGUCUUCGACCGGGUUCGCCUUCGGUGCGGGUCACACCACAACAAUUCGUCGACAUGCUUAUUUACCUCUAA